AUUGUUUGCCUGUGAACUUUGAACUACAUUCAACUACAUUGAAUAUCUCCGUAGCACAAGGAAACUCUGCAAGCCUUGUUUCGCAAUUACAGACACGCAUAAUGUAACAGGGCUGAUCUGAGAAGUCUCGGCUCCUUCUGUUCAACGGAACCGUUCAGGCGUGUGCAGUAUGGAGGAUGUGUGGCCCAUGCUGCGAAUGGCCUUUGUGGUUCUGGUUUUGCUCAUCAUGCUACCAGCCAUGUUCGGUCUGUCACUGGGCAUCACAGAGGCAUACAUGAAGAUCCUCAUAAAAACACUGGAGUGGGCAACACUGAAGAUUCAGAAAAACAGUGAGGAGAAGAAAACAUUAAAGCCCUCCUCUUCUAAUGGGCUGAUCCAGAGAGACGACUCCUCACUGGAGAAGGAGAUCGUUGAGCUGCGGCGCAAUAGGCCAAGACCAGUGGAGGGCGGGGACUUUGCGCUGAGUGACGUGUUCUACUUCAGCAGGAGAGGCGUAGAGAGCAUCAUGGAGGACGAGGUGACCCACAGGUUCAGCUCAGAGGAGCUGGCGUCCUGGAACCUGCUCACACGCACCAACAACAACUUCCAUUACAUCUCCCUGAGACUCACCAUCCUGUGGGGCGUUGGUGUCUGCAUCCGCUACGGCAUCCUGCUGCCCCUGAGGGUCACUCUGGCGGCGAUCGGGAUCAGCUGGCUCGUCGUUGGCACCACUGGCGUGGGAUUCCUGCCCAGCUGCCGGUUAAAGGACUGGCUAAGUGAGCUGGUGCAUGUCAUGUGUUAUCGGAUCUGCGCCCGAGGCCUGUCUGCCACAAUACACUAUCACAACAGGGAGAACAAACCAAAGAAAGGAGGGAUUUGUGUGGCCAAUCACACUUCACCGAUCGACGUGGUCAUCUUGGCUAAUGACGGCGGCUACGCCAUGGUGGGGCAGGUACACGGUGGCCUGAUGGGCGUGAUUCAGCGUGCGAUGGUUCGAGCUUGUCCACACAUCUGGUUUGAAAGAGCAGAGAUGAAAGAUCGCCACCUGGUGACAAAAAGGCUGAGGGAUCAUGUCAAUGAUAAGAACAAACUCCCCAUCCUCAUCUUCCCUGAGGGAACCUGCAUCAAUAACACAUCUGUUAUGAUGUUCAAAAAGGGAAGUUUUGAAAUCGGAGGAACCAUUUACCCCGUGGCUAUAAAGUAUGACCCCCAGUUUGGCGAUGCAUUCUGGAACAGUGGGAAGUACAACAUGGUGAGCUACCUGCUGAGGAUGAUGACGAGCUGGGCCAUUGUGUGUAACGUCUGGUACCUGCCACCCAUGACCCAGCAGGAAGGGGAGGAUGCAGUGCAGUUUGCCAACAGAGUGAAGUCAGCUAUCGCACACCAAGGGGGUCUGGUGGACCUGUCCUGGGAUGGUGGACUCAAGAGAGCAAAAGUGAAGGAUACCUUCAGACAGGAGCAGCAGAAGAUAUACAGCCACAUGCUGGUUAGAGACGACAGCAGUGACUGAACCGUAAAAUCAACCAAUUACAGCAAACAAUUACACCAAACCCACCAAUCAGAUGCCUUCAGUGACUCAACUGACUAAUCAUAUGAGGCCUUGAACAUCUAAACUCAACAGAUACAACUGUGAUGAUCAGUCAGUCUGUCUCAGUCUGGUUCCAACUGGAGCACAGCUAACCCAAUCACACUUCAUGCUUCUCUCACACACCUACAGAUUUAUUGGGUCCAACCCCUCCGUGAUCUCCUUACUGGAGGGUUCACGGUGUGAAAAUAACACUAGUUUUAUUUGUUAUGAUGUUACGUUGCUAUUUAAUUCAAAUACGCAAAAAAUGUAACAUUGCUAAGUUGAUUUUUCUGACGACAGAAAAAUGUAUCUUUUCCAUUUUAGUUUUUCAGUGUGCCAAACACACUGGUGAUAUUUUUUUUUCAAUAAAUACAUUUCUUACAAAUAAAGACUUUUGGACAUCAA